CUGGAACCUUGGAACGGGCAGUGGUGGGCCAGCCCAAUCGAUAAGCCCCGAUAAGCCACCACAAAUUUUCGAGCGAGAGGUGGGUGGGCAGGUGGCAGAACCGCCAGGGCGAAUUGGCGGUGGACGUCUUGGACCCUGUCAAUUCUUCAUCGACCCGACCGUUUCAAUCGCCAAGAGACGAGGUUUCUGCGAUUCCGCAAGCGCACCCUCGCUCCCGCUCAGACUGCCGUCUAUAUUCCCCCCUUUCAUUCCAGAACCUGUCGGCCCCUGGACUCGACACUGCAGUCCGCGACGAUGCCCGCACCGACGGCCUUGAAAAAGGCGGAAGAGACCCCGCUCCAGCCCGAGGUGUCUCUUGACGAGCAGGAGAACGACGAUGAGUUUCUGCUCGAUGCACAGGAUGCCAUUCCUACAGAGGCGCCAUCCGCGGCACCGCAGGAUCCGGACGGCGACGACGCCAUGGCGAUCGAUGAGGAGGGCCGGCCACGAUUUGCGCCCGCCAGGGAUAUUGUACGACCAGCAUCUCCGGCAUUCCUAUUUAUAUUUCGAGGUGCUUGCAGGCUAAUACUUUCUCAGGACCCUGUAACUAGGGUGGAAACUCGCAAAGUCCCGGUGCCGCCUCACCGGAUGACGCCCCUCAAGCAGGCGUGGCCGUCCAUCUACCCGCCACUCGUCGAGCACCUCAAGCUGCAGUGCCGGAUGAACAUUAAGCGCAAGACGGUGGAGCUGCGCACGUCGAAGCAUACUGUGGACACGGGGGCGCUGCAAAAGGGCGAGGACUUUGUCAAGGCAUUUACCCUGGGUUUCGAGGUCGACGAUGCUGUCGCUCUUUUGCGACUGGACGACCUUUACAUCGAGACAUUCGAGAUCAAGGACGUAAGGACCAUGCACGGAGACAGCCAGGCGCGCGCAAUCGGCCGCAUUGCCGGCAAGGACGGCAAGACCAAGUUUGCCAUUGAGAACGCCAGCCGGACGAGAAUCGUGCUCGCAGACUCCAAGAUUCACAUCUUGGGUGGCUUCAAGAACAUCCAUAUGGCGCGCGAGUCGGUGGUCAGCUUGAUUCUGGGCAAGCCCCCGGGCAAGGUGUACGGAAACCUGAGGACAGUCGCAGCCAGGAUGAAGGAGAGAUUUUAAUGCGUCAUGAACGAAAGCGCUUGGUUACGGUCUGCCUCUAUUUCGGUUUCAUGGUAUUCCCGGCGUUAGGGAGGGGAGCAUUCGCAUACAUCUAUACAAUGCACGGGAGGGGGAUCUUACGAAUAGCUUUGACAUGAUGUUGGUAGCACCACCUACAAAUAGAAAGUAAGGAUGCCUGGGCGACGGAC